CUCGGGUUACCUGCGGCGGGUGGGCGGGGCGGACCUUCCGGUCUGCGCCGGCCCCCAGCCUCCCGGGCCGCGGAGCCGGGAAGCUAGACGGGGAGCGAGGGAGGCGGAGACUCCGGCCGGACUCCGACGAGAGACACUGCAUGGAGCGGCCGGCGCGGCUCUGCGGGCUGUGGGCGCUGCUGCUCAGCGCCGGCGGCGGCGGACGCGCCGCGCGCCCGGAAUUUCAGCUACCUGUGACAAACUUGAGUGUUUCUGUUGAAAACCUCUGCACGGUAAUAUGGACAUGGAAUCCUCCUGAGGGAGUCAGCCCGAAUUGUAGUCUAUCAUAUUUUAGUCAUUUUGGCAACAAACAGGAUAAGAAAAUUGCUCCAGAAACUCAUCGUUCGAAAGAAGUGCCCCUGAAUGAGAGGAUCUGUCUGCAAGUGGGGCCUCAGUGUAGCACCAAUGAAAGUGACAGUCCUAGCAAUUUAGAGGAAAAGUGCAUCUCGCCCCCUGAAGGUGAUCCUGAGUCCGCUGUGACUGAGCUGCAAUGCAUUUGGCACUACAUGAAGCUCAUGAAUUGUACUUGGCUUCCUGGAAGGAAAACAAGUCCUGACACUAACUACAUUCUCUACUAUUGGCACAGCAGUCUCGGAAAAAUUCUCCAGUGUAAAAACAUCUAUAAAGAAGGUCAACACAUUGGUUGUUCUUUUGCUCUGACUGAAGUUAAAGAUUCCAGUUUUGAAAAACACAGCGUCCAAGUAAUGGUCAAGGAUAAUGCAGGAAAAAUCAGACCAUCCUUCCAUAUAGUGCCUUUAUCUUCUCAUGUGAAACCUGAUCCUCCACAUAUUAAAAAGCUCUUCUUCCACAAUGGUGACUUAUAUGUGCAAUGGAAGAAUCCACAGAAUUUUUAUAGCAGAUGCUUAUCUUAUCAAGUAGAAGUCAAUAACAGCCAAACCGAGACUCAUGAUAUUUUCUACGUUGAAGAAGCCAAAUGUCAGAAUUCGGAAUUUGAGGGAAACCUGGAGGGUACAAUUUGUUUCAUGGUCCCUGGUGUUCUUCCUGAUACUUUGAACACAGUCAGAAUAAGAGUCAAAACAAAUAAGUUAUGCUAUGAGGAUGACAAAAUCUGGAGUAAUUGGAGUCAAGAGAUGAGUAUAGGUAAAAAGGACAAUCCCACCCUCUACAUCACCAUGUUACUCACCAUUCCAGUCAUCUUAGCAGUUGCAGUCAUGAUCCUUCUACUUUAUCUGAAAAGGCUCAAGAUCAUUAUAUUCCCUCCAAUUCCUGAUCCUGGCAAGAUAUUUAAAGAAAUGUUUGGAGACCAGAAUGAUGAUACCUUGCACUGGAAGAAGUAUGACAUCUAUGAGAAGCAAACCAAGGAAGAAACUGACUCUGUAGUGCUGAUAGAAAACCUGAAGAGAGCCUCUCAGUGAUGGGGAUAAUUUAUUUUAACCUUCAAUGUGACCUUGUGAAGAUUCAUCCCAUUCCCCAUUUGUUAUCUGGGAACUUGUUAAAUGAAAACUGAAACUACUGGACCAUUUAAAAACAGCUCAUAAGAGCCUUAGGUCUUUACAUUGAGUCAUGCAUCAAAAAACUAAAAAGAAGGGGCCCUCUGGAGAAGAGAAUGGAGUCAUUCUUGUUGAAUUAUAAAAGCAGACAUCCCUUGCAAAGGCUUCAAACUAGGAAACAAAGCAAAAAGUGUUGAUGGCAGUAGAGUUAAUCUUAUCAAGGGUUGUGACAACUUCUUGAGUGAUCUAUGCCUGCUUUGUAUUUUUGGGGUCAAACAAUACCAACAAGUUUUAUUGGGGGGAACUCAUUUUGGGUGCAAAUGCUAUAAUGCCAAACUUGAGUCACAGACAAUGUCUAGCAAACAAAAUUGAUAAAACCUGUUGUUUGAGAUGCUACCAAGUAAUGUUUGUGGCUCUUAAAACUCUUGAUAGUUGGGAAUCGUCAUCUCCUUUAAUCAUUUUCUUCUGCUUUGAAAGGCCCAGACAUGAGUUUUGCCCAUGAUGAUGACAACUACAGGAGAGGCCAAGGCAGCUUCUUUACCAAGAACUUUCAAAGCCAUUUCAGGCUUUUCAGGGUAGUGGAGGAAGAAUGGCUUACUGGAUAUUACAGCUUGAACCAUGCAGUUUCUAAUGAUGUAUUGUUUUUUCUUCACCUCUGCUACUCAGAUGUUUACUAUGUGUUCAGAUCGUGCCAAGCCUCCAGGUAUGAGGCAUGGACUCCGUCAGAGUUUUGACAGUCUAGUUGGGACUCAGUUUAUCCCCACCUGUCAUUUUCAGACCUUUCAACUCCCCAGUUCAUACACUGAUUUCCCCUUUUGCAUUCCCCCUCAUUCCCUUCCUUGUAGCUUUCACCCUUCAUUAGAUAUUAGAAUAUAAAUCUGCUCAGAACACCUAGAGGAGCAGGGAAUAAUUUGCGUCUUAGUUAAAGUGUGGGUAGACUGAGAAACAACGACCAAUUCUUGCAUAUUUUGCAACUUCUAUAUGAUUCUGCAUUUAUUUGAAGGUUUUCAGCAUUAACCAUUUCUCUACAUAUUUUCUAAACAGGAGGUAUUCACUUAUUUGCUUGGGGGAAAAAACAGCUGUGUCUUCUCCUUACUGCCACAAAUGGUUAUUAGUAGGUUUUAUGUCUUUCAUUGAUAGCCACCAUCCAAGGCUCCAAUAUUUGCAUUCUUUUUCUGCAUAUGUUAGGAUUCCAUUCUCCCUCAUCCCCACAGCAUAUACAUAUAGAUAUUCCCUCUGCUCCUCUGCUUCCUCCAAAUGUAAAGACAUAUGGAAAUGGGAAGUCCCCCUCACCCAGUUUCCCUCCUUAUACACACAGACUCCAAUUAAUGGUAGAAAUUUGACAACUUUAUUUCACUAGUUCUCCAAACAUUCACCCAUUUGUGUUACUUUGCAAUUCCUGCUCUUAGGGGAAGGGAAAUCAGAGAUCCCUGCUCUCCACAGGUUUAGGCAAAAGUGGAACCUGCUUGCACUGUGGUGGAGGAGCACUGCACCCUGGCUUUUCCGAGGAAAUUCGAGUUCAUGGCAAGGGUCAAUGUCAAGGUGUUUGCUCCCAGUGCUUUUAUUUCUGAGGUCAGAUUGAGGCCUGGAGAUAGGCAUAGUGGAUGCCUUUGUUCUGCUGCUCUCUAGACAGGAUAGUUGGUUUUCCUGUGUAGGAAUAAGAUUACUUCCUGGUGAGGUCUUGUAUAAUUCUGGGAAGCAAAACACUUUAAAUGCCUCACUCAAAGCCAUUUUUCCUGUUACCCUAUUUCAAUGGCAUGGGUGGGGCAGGGAUUUGCUAUUCCGAUUACCCAAGAACUACUGAUGUGGACUAUCAUUCAGCCUGGGAGUGGGGAAAUUGUAUUUUGUUUCCAUCUCCCUCUGUUAGCAGUAAAAUAGUUGAGGGAAAAGGAGGCAGUGAAUUAUGGGAGCACCUAUGGCUGUUUUAUAAUCGCUGCAAAGUGACCCCAGGUCUUGGGAGCUCUUGGAGACCUUAAUACAUCAGUGGUAUUCCCAUCAUCUGUAGGAAACUCACAGGUUCAUUUAUUAUUUUACGUCUAACCUGUAUGGAUUUUUUUCUCUCCACAUACCUAAAUAAGCCCACAGUAAGGAUGGUCAUUCUUACUCUUUCAUUGAAAUAUGUUGUAUUUUCACCUGGGCACUGGAGGAUAUGUGAAACAAUGUCAACUUUCUUGGUAAUGCUUUCAAUUAGGGAUCAUUUUGUUUAACUUCUUAUAGGAAAGCUUGAGUGAAAUAAAUAUUAAUUGUCUUUUGUAUGUCA